AUGAAGGUAGACCAGUGUGUGUUCGUUUUAUUGUGGGCGAUUGCGUUUGUUGUUUGUUUCACCUUCCCAUAUUCCGCAGCCGCGGGAGAAGAUUGCACGAAUUUCAACAAGUCUUGCAGCGAUUGCACUGGGCAUUCGCAAUGUUACUGGUGUUCUUCAACAGAGGCUUGUAUAAAGUAUCCUGGAUGGACGAAGAUUGUUCCUCGAAAUUGCCCGAGCAAGAAAUGGUUUUAUGGCCAGUGUCGAAUAUCAGGCUAUGUCCUCAUCAUUUUAGUCCCUUCCUUGGUCGGUGCCUUCUUGUUAUUUCUCGGAUGUUGUAUCUACUGUUGUUGUUGUCGCCAGUGCAACAAAUGCAAGAACAAGCGAAUGGAUAAGGAAGACGCAAAAUUGAAGCGUAAACGAGAAGAAAUGACGGCCCUUCAUUCUCAGAAACGAAGCGAAAGGGAAAUCAAGAGAGAUGAAAUCAGAAAGAAGUACGGCCUUCGGCCUGGAUCGUCCGGUUAUCAGCGAAUUGAGGACAACCCUUGA